GCUAAGCUAAGCUUGAAACCUACCACCAUAUCCCACUUGUCUCUUAGCUAGCUAGAAAGAAAGAGGUGUGUUGUGCAUGCGUGGUGCUGGGCUAGCGCUAUAAAAUGGUGCAACUAUUGGUUGCCUAAGCCAUCCACCAUUGUGUUCCAGCUUGCAUUCGGCACAUCGUGUUCGUGUUAGAGAGAGAGGGAGAGAGAUCUCAUCCAUGGCUAGAGAGAUGGAGAAGGCAAGGAAGGCCACCUCCCCUAAGAGCUCAUCAACUAGUCCAGGCCCGAAAAGCCCAGCAAGGAGUGGAGGGUCCCCUCCUCAUAAAAAGAACGUCACCGAGGCACGACCAAAAAAUGAGCAGCAAAACUUCCGUAAAGGCGGUCAAGACUCGGCAACUCAUGAUGAGAGCAAACGACGUUCACCAACUUCACAAACCUCACCCAAGAGAUCGACAAAACACGAGCAGCCGCUGAGCUACUGCAGGCUUCACACCGAGGAGCGGGCCAUAAGGCGAGCUGGCUACAAUUACCAGAUUGCAAGCAAGAUAAAUACCGAGGAAAUUAUUCGGAGAUUUGAGGACAAGUUAUCACAGGUGAUGGAGGAGCGCGAAAUCAAGAUGAUGAGGAAGGAGAUGGUUCCAAAGGCCCAACUUAUGCCAGCAUUUGACAAGCCAUUCCAUCCACAAAGGUCGAGGAGGCCCCUCACCGUCCCCAAGGAGCCGAGCUUCCUGAGGCUCAAGUGCUGCAUCGGCGGCGAGUUCCACCGCCACUUCUGCUACAACUCCGGCGGCGGCGCCAAGGCCGUCAACUGAUGAUGCGAGACCGAUGAAAGAUGGACCGUACGUGAAGGGAAGAACUGUAUUUUUGCCGCUCGCUCCGUCAGUUGAUGUGCAUGCUGCCGUGUCAUGCACCCAUGCAUGGCCUGCAUGCAUGCAUGCGCGCGUAGUCUUACGUAGUGCCAAUAUUCAACCGCUUGCUUUUGCGCCCGAUCGUUUUCACGCCACGUACAUAGCCAAUAGUGCUUCCUUUUUCUAUCUCUUCUUUUCUUGAUUUCUCUUACUUUGUUCCUUUCAAUUUCGCCACUAAAGACUAGGAGGAUAAAGAAAGUCUCGAUGGGUCAUCAGGAUGUAAUGCAUGCAUGCAUGCUGGCUUUACGUAUGUGUGUCUCUCGAUCUGGUGAUGAUAAUGAUAAAAGCUCCGCAUUUGCAA